UGUUUUAUGGAGGGCUCUCCCGCUGGCCGCCGCCGGCGCGCCUCCUUUCGCCCCUUCUUCUGCCGCCGCCCUCCUCGCUGAAAGGCUCGCGCGGAGGAGAUGCAGGAGGCGGCCGCCUCGGCUGCUGGACGUUUCGGCGGCGCGGAGAGGAGGCAUCGGCUCAAGAUGGCAGAUUUCUAUUGAGUUUAAAAACCUGGCGGCGGCGGCGGCGGCGGGGAAGGGGGGGGAUGAAAUCCUGCUUCAUUUCCCUUUCGUUGCCAUGAAUAACAGACAACCCUUGCACCGGCGGCCCCGAUGUACGAAGGUAUGGCCUCACAUGUGCAAGUUUUCUCCCCUCAUACCCUUCAAUCAAGUGCCUUCUGUAGCGUGAAGAAACUGAAAGUGGAACCAAGUUCUAACUGGGAUAUGACUGGGUACGGCACACACAGCAAAGUCUACAGUCAGAGCAAGAACGUGCAAUCCUCUCAAGCAGCUGCUGCCAUCAACGCCUCUCUCCAGAUCCCCAAUCCAAGCAUCCCUUACGAGCAGACCAUCAUCUUCCCAGCCAGCACGGGGCACAUUGUAGUGACAUCCGCCAACAGCACCUCUGGUGUGGUUGCAGUAUCUGGGCAAGCACUGGGUGGACCACACAACCUGAUGCGUCGAAGCACUGUGAGCCUUUUGGACACCUACCAAAAAUGUGGACUUAAGCGCAAGAGCGAGGAGAUUGAGAACACAAGCAGCGUUCAGAUUAUUGAAGAGCAUCCACCAAUGAUACAGAACAAUGCCAGCGGGGCCACAGUAGCCACCACUACUACGUCUACUGCCACAUCCAAAAACAGUGGUUCCAACAGUGAAGGGGAUUACCAACUGGUGCAACAUGAGGUGCUGUGUUCCAUGACCAACACAUACGAAGUUUUAGAAUUUCUGGGCCGUGGAACGUUUGGACAAGUGGUCAAAUGCUGGAAACGAGGUACCAAUGAAAUUGUGGCCAUCAAGAUCCUUAAAAACCAUCCUUCUUACGCCCGACAAGGUCAGAUUGAAGUCAGCAUCCUGGCCCGGUUAAGCACUGAAAGUGCAGAUGACUACAACUUUGUCCGAGCCUAUGAAUGUUUCCAGCACAAGAACCACACUUGCCUGGUCUUUGAGAUGUUGGAACAGAACCUCUAUGAUUUCCUAAAGCAAAACAAAUUCAGCCCAUUGCCCCUUAAGUACAUCAGACCAAUUCUGCAGCAGGUGGCCACAGCUCUCAUGAAAUUAAAGAGUCUGGGCUUGAUCCAUGCAGAUCUCAAGCCAGAAAACAUCAUGUUGGUGGAUCCAUCUCGGCAACCAUACAGGGUCAAGGUCAUAGAUUUUGGUUCUGCUAGCCAUGUCUCAAAAGCCGUGUGCUCAACGUACCUUCAGUCCAGAUACUACAGAGCCCCUGAAAUCAUUCUUGGUUUACCCUUCUGUGAAGCAAUUGACAUGUGGUCCCUAGGGUGUGUCAUUGCAGAACUUUUCUUGGGCUGGCCUUUAUAUCCAGGAGCUUCAGAGUAUGAUCAGAUCCGGUAUAUUUCACAGACACAGGGCUUGCCAGCUGAGUAUUUGUUAAGUGCUGGGACAAAAACAACAAGGUUUUUCAACAGGGAUACAGAUUCACCGUAUCCACUGUGGAGGCUAAAGACACCAGAUGAUCAUGAGGCAGAGACGGGGAUCAAGUCAAAAGAAGCUAGAAAGUAUAUUUUCAACUGUUUGGAUGAUAUGGCACAGGUGAAUAUGACAACAGACUUGGAAGGAAGCGAUAUGUUGGUGGAAAAGGCAGACCGGCGGGAGUUCAUAGAUUUGUUAAAGAAGAUGUUGACGAUAGAUGCUGAUAAAAGGAUAACGCCGAUUGAAACACUCAACCACCCAUUUGUCACCAUGACGCACUUGCUUGAUUUCCCCCAUAGCACCCAUGUCAAGUCCUGUUUCCAAAAUAUGGAGAUUUGCAAGCGUCGAGUGAACAUGUAUGACACAGUGAAUCAGAGCAAAACACCAUUUAUCACUCAUGUGGCCCCAAGUACAUCAACCAACCUAACCAUGACCUUCAACAACCAGCUGAAUACAGUCCAUAACCAGGCCACCACCCUGGCUCCCACCUCUACCACCAGUGCCACUAUUUCCUUAACCAACCCUGAGGUCUCCAUACUAAACUACCAAUCUGCACUCUACCAGCCCUCGGCAGCAUCCAUGGCCGCGGUGGCCCAGAGGAGUGUCCCCCUGCAAACAGGAACGGCGCAGAUAUGUGCUCGCCCUGACCCUUUCCAGCAAGCCCUCAUUGUAUGUCCUCCAGGCUUUCAAGGAUUGCAGACUUCCCCUUCAAAGCAUGCUGGGUAUUCUGUUCGGAUGGAGAAUGCUGUGCCAAUAGUCACUCAGGCUCCAGGGGCUCAGCCCCUUCAGAUCCAGCCAGGACUUUUAGCACAGCAAGCUUGGCCUAGUGGUACUCAGCAAAUCCUGCUUCCUCCAGCUUGGCAACAGCUGACUGGGGUAGCCACCCACACCUCAGUCCAGCAUGCAGCUGUAAUCCCAGAGACCAUGGCAGGAACCCAGCCGCUCACGGAUUGGAGAAAUACGCACGCUCAUGGCAGCCAUUACAAUCCCAUCAUGCAACAGCCUGCACUUUUAGCAAGUCAUGUCACCCUUCCAGCAGCCCAGCCCUUAAACGUAGGUGUAGCUCAUGUUAUGAGGCAGCAACCAACCAGCACGACCUCUUCUAGGAAGAAUAAACAACAUCAGUCAUCAGCAAGGAAUAUGUCGAACUUUGAGGUAUCCUCCUCUCAGACGAUCAGCUCACCACAGCGAUCUAAGCGAGUAAAGGAGAACACGCCUCCUCGCUGUGCCAUGGUGCAUAACAGCCCCGCUUGCAGCACCUCUGUCACAUGUGGGUGGGGUGACGGGGCAUCCAGUACCACACGGGAGCGGCAGCGGCAGACCAUUGUCAUUCCUGACACGCCCAGCCCUGCAGUCAGUGUCAUCACUAUCAGCAGUGACACAGAUGAGGAGGAGGAGCAGAAACAUGCACCCACCAGCCCCCUUUCUAAGCAAAGAAAAAACGUCAUCAGCUGUGUAACUGUGCAUGAUUCCCCUUACUCUGAUUCUUCUGGCAACACCAGUCCCUAUGCAGUGCAGCAUCGUGGUGGAAACAAUAAUGGAAAUGGCUAUGAUACAAAGGGAGCACCGGAAACACAUUGCAAUGGCAAUCCUCGGACGAUCAUUGUGCCACCACUGAAAACCCAGGCCAGCGAGGUGUUAGUAGAAUGUGAUAGCCUGGUACCUGGUAAGUUUGUCACCACCACCAAUCAUCACUCUUCCUCCUACAAGUCAAAGUCCUCCAGCAUCAUGACUUCCACCAGCGGUCACUCUUCAGGGAGCUCAUCUGGAGCCAUCGCCUACAGGCAGCAGCGGCCAGGGCCACAUUUCCAGCAGCAGCAGCCUCUCAAUCUCAGCCAGGCCCAGCAGCACAUCACAACUGAUCGCACAGGGAGUCACCGGCGACAGCAAGCCUACAUCACUCCGACAAUUGCUCAGGCACCAUAUUCCUUCCCACAUAACAGCCCCAGCCAUGGCACAGUCCAUCCGCACCUGGCUGCCGCUGCCGCUGCUCACCUUCCCACCCAACCUCAUCUCUACACAUACACUGCGCCUGCUGCUCUGGGCUCUACAGGCACUGUAGCCCAUUUGGUGGCUUCCCAGGGUUCAGCUCGUCAUGCUGUACAGCACACUACGUACCCAGCUAGCAUUGUCCACCAGGUUCCAGUGAGCAUGGGUCCUCGUGUCCUUCCAUCACCUACGAUCCACCCGAGUCAGUAUCAGGCUCAGUUUGCCCACCAGACCUAUAUCAGUGCGUCUCCAGCCUCUGUCUACACUGGAUAUCCCCUGAGCCCCACCAAGGUCAACCAGUACCCUUACAUCUAAACACUGGAAUGAGGAAGGAAAAGACACGGCACGCACCAAGGGCAACAAGGCUGCUUUUGUGAAAAGGAAUGUUGCAGGCAAACGAACAAUGCAAUGGGAGUCUCAAACAAAACUUGAAUGAAGGAGACUUUGUGGAAGGCAUGAGAGGGAAGAAGAGAGGAGGUGACACCAGUCCUACAGUUUUUAUUUAAAAAAAAGAAGGAAAAUGAAAAAAGAUAAAAAGAAAGAAAAACAAAACUACAAAAACAUUCUGCGCCAGACCACAUAGUGGGAGAAGCAGAAGGACCAUCAUUGUCUGGUCCUGUUUUUGGAUAAAUUCACCCAUAGACUUUUACAGAUUAUUUUCAUCUGAUUCCAGGAGACAACAUUUAGGAAUUUGCUGUUCGAACCUCCUAAUACAAAGUUUCAUAGGUGUUUGGGUAUAUAUUUUUUAAUUAAACCAAGAAGCGUACCAAUUAGGGAUUUAUCCAGAUUUUCUGAAAGGGUUAUUGCUUUGUCUUUGCACUGGUCGCUGUAACCCAAAAUAAAAAAAGACAAUGAAA